CUGCUCGGGCAGACCGCAGGGUCUCUUUGUCCCCCCAGGGGAGCCCCCCUCCGCCUCUCCGCCGCUCCCCGCACCGCGCAGGGAGGGCCGCCUGCCCCUAUCCCGUCCCUCCGCACCGCGUCCCCGCGGCAGAAGGAGGAUCUCUGUGCCCUCCCUGCCCGGGCGGAGGGUGCGUCCCGGGAGGGGUCUGGGACCUGCCGGGCGGCUCCUCCCCGAACCCCCCUGUGCCCGGUGAGCUGUGUCCCCAGGGCAGGAGGGCUGUGAUCCUGAGAACUUCUUGCCCUGGUGCUGGACCCCUGAGCCCUUCCCUUCCUCCCGAAGCCGUAGCAUUCACAGUGCCCAACGUUCGCCAUCCGCUGCUGGGAGUGCACAGCUUCCUGCUGAUAGAAUUGGCUGAGUAUAACCCAUGGAUCUUUUAUAAUGGUGGGACGGUGUCAUCGGGUGAUAGAAUUGUCUAAACAACACUAAAUUGUUGUGAGUUCCUCAAAUCGUAACAGCUGGCAAGUACAGGCCCCCUGCUCAGAUCCCUGCCUGGACAGGGAUGGGGAUGAUGGCAACCAUUGCCAGAGAGGUCCAAGCCCACUGGGGCAUGGCUCUGGAGCGGGUCAUGGGCACCCGGGGGCUCUGCGCAGCCACUCCCAAGGGUAGUGUCAAGGGGCCCCCGCGGCACCCCGAUCCCGUUUGUCCUGAUUCCUGGAGAGGGAGGUGCAGAGGCCUGAAUGGCUGCUUUCGGGACCAGCCAGGCGAUUUUCCAGCCCGGCGUGUCUGCUGAGCGUUUCCCUUGGCCGAGGGCUGAGGAUGAAUCCCCGGUGCACGUGCCGUGUGCGAGGCAGGAUGCGCGUCACGACUGUCACAGGGUUAAUGGCCAGCAUCCCGCUCCACCUGCCAGUGUGCCGCCGGCACCCGUGGCUGUGCGCCCCGUCCAGUGGCUGUACCCUGUGGCUGAAGGCAAACCCAGGGCUCGGUGGGGCCGGCCAGGUGCCGGGGUGCCCAGUCUCCUGCUGGCAUGGAGGCGCGGUGCCGGCACAGCGCAGCCUUCGACUGCAUGCCCCAGCCGGCGGCCUGCUGCCCUGACUGGAUGGCGGGGCUCCCCGAUGCCUUGCCCCUCUCCCGCCUCUCCAUCCCUGGCACCCACGACUCCCUCAGCCUGUUCGGCGGCCGGCGCCUGCGGUGCCAGAGCUGGGGCCUGGAGGCCCAGCUGGCGGCCGGCAUCCGCUUCCUGGACGUGCGCUGCAAGCUGGCGCGGGGCGAGCUCCAGGUCUACCACCUCUGCACCUUCCAGCGGGCCAGCCUGCGGGGGGUCCUGCGCCGCACCCUGCGCUUCCUCCACGCCCACCCUGGCGAGGCCGUGCUCAUGCGCAUCAAGGAGGAGCUGCCCAUCUUCUCCAGGCCGGGCUUCGCUGCCCGGCUGCACCGCUGCCUGCUGGAGGAAGGACGGGGCCACGUGUGGUGCCGGGAGGAGGUGCCGACGCUGGGCCAGGUGCGGGGAAAGAUCGUGGUGCUGGAGGCGCUGGCGCGGGAGGUGCUGGGCAUCCCCUACGAGCAGCUGAGCAUCAGCGACGCCUGGAACGUCCUCUCACUGAAGCGCAAGUGGGCUCGGGCGCGGAGGCACCUGGAGAGGGCGGCCGGCGGGGACCCCGCCACCAUGCACCUCACCUUCUGCUCCGGCAACGGGCUCUUCACCUGCCCCGAGGAGGUGGCCCGCUUCGUGAACCCCCGCUGCUACCAGCACCUGCGGCGCCGGGGGGGUCAGCCCGUGCGCUGGGGAGUGGUCAUCAUGGACUUCCCUGGGGCAGGGCUCCUCCGGCUCAUCGUGGAGAGCAAUGGCCCAUCAGCCAGCAGACACACCGCAGCGGCCCCCAGCACCCCCACAGGACCCUCAUGGCACCCCCGCAGCAGAGGGUGCGGGCGCUGCAGCCGGCACAACUCCGCUCACUGCCCGCGCCGGCGUCCCUCGGGACGGACGCUGCUGCCGGCCCCACGCCUCUGCCGAAGGACAUCAGCGCCCGUGGAGCGAAAGCGGGUUUCUAGCUCUUGCUGGGUGCCGGGAAGCCUUCGUGUGACGAUGGUGUGACAGUGCCGGAGGUGGCAGAGGGUCGGCAGCUGCGGUCGGAGCCGGGCAGACCAGGGAGCUGCCCUCUGCAUGCCGUUCUCCCCUGAGGAGACAGGGGCUUGUCCCGAAAGUCAGGACUGUUAGAGAGAGGCAACUUCAGCAAGCGCUGCCGACCCUGUGCCUGAAGAGCUGAAUGGCCACAGCAGCAGCGAUUCAGACGGGGCUACUCCGUCCCCAGGGUCACGUACCCCGGGGACACUGCAAAGGGCAGAGCCUGAUGGUUUGCAACAGCAUGGGCAGAACAGUUUGUAGAUCUACCUUUUGUAGGUUGAGACCUACAAAAGAUUUUAAAACGCAUGUUGUGCCAGCACCUGCCCUAUCUGCAGAAAAUAAUUCAGCAAUUUAAAUAGACUGGGAAGUUGCAGGACACAGUAGCUCCUUGGAGCAGAAAGGUAAGCAAGAUCCUGGGGGAGAAAGCAUCAAAAUGCCAGCUGCGCUGAAGCAGGGAGGUGAGAAGGAGAAGAGGAAAGCUCAGCCCCAGCCUGCCAAAAGGAGAAGAACGUCCUUAAGGAUGCUUCUGACUCAAGGGAAAACGUAGCUGGGCUUGGUGCCUGCCUGAGUGGUUUCCACAGGAUUUCCUGGCUGGAGGAGAGGACAUUGUUUGCUCUGCCCAGGCCUGGCCCUGGCUGGAGAUCUGGCUCUUGGUGCUGAUUAUGUUUAUCCACUGGCCCUGGGCGGGCUGUGGUGGCCCUGUUCAGGGAGCAGGGGAGGACAAAGCCCGUGCUGCAAAGAGCCAGGUGGGAGGGGAGAAGGCAAUAGUGUGCAGAGGGUGAUGGAGGUGACAAACAGAGGAAUCUGUCUCUGGGCUUGCUUUGUGAGAUAGUAGAAGAUUGAA